AUGUUUCUCAACAUGGAUUUGGUUGCGUACCUCCUCGACGAUCUCGGACGCUUCGCUCUGAAUGGGACGAUUUUCCUCGUCGGUGCUCGCAUCGUAUACUGGAUAGUAACCGAUAAUUGCGACAUUAUCACGAAGGUCACCCCGAAGAACUAUCACUUUAUAUUGAGUCUCGAGAAAGCAUCGGGGUCAGAACCUUCAGACUCAGCGACGCCGCCGGCCUCUUCCGAGGACCUCGAACAAGAUUCGUCGACCGAUACAUUCACCGUUGCGACAGCGAGCGCGACGUCGGACGAAGCCGAAUUCGAGUUCGGAACGAUCUCGGAAAUCGCCAAAGAAGCCAUCGUCGAUGUAGAACAAUCAGAACACAUUACGGCAGACGCCAUGAUCGAAGAGUUCGCUCAGCGAGCUGUCAACGGCAUUAUCGACGAUGCUCUGAAGCAAAUGAAAGUCGAGGAGGAGAAGAACAGUGAGCUCUUGAAUCAGCCAGGAUGCUCCGGAAUAACGCCGACGGAGCUCUAUGCGGAGAAGGUGGCUCGCACGAUUAUGGGCGGCGUUAUGAUCGAGAGCAACAGACGACGUCCGCCUCCGAUCGUAAUAAGAAAUUCCAAUUAUUCGGAUCCCGCGACUGAAAUUUGCUCCGACGAUCAAAAACAUAUCGGUCAAUACGCAGAUCAGAUGGCAACGGAGAUAUUGCAGAGUGCUCUCCAUCCUGUCCCCACCCAGACGGUUGCUAAAGAUGCCGAUGUCGUUCAGGAAACGCCAGCGAAAGACUCCCCAGCUUCACGGCUCUCCGGAGUCAAAGAGGUUCUCAAACAAAGCGUGCGAGAAAGUGGGAAUUUUUUAGGAGAAGGUGCCACGUCUCCAGACAGUGGGGAGUCGUCUCCGAGAGCACCACAGGAAACCACUGCAACGAUCAGCCAGCUGCCACCACCUCUACCACCGCCGCCUCUGCCGCAAAAGCUGCCCAAUCAGCCCCAGGAAGUCCAAUCAGAAUGCUCUCCCGCAUCCGAUCGUUAUCAAUUGGACUCUCCUCGCGAUUCAAGUUGGGCCAGCCUCAACGUUCCGAAGAGCAUUGAGGAUAUUCAGAUCGACUGCGGCCAACGGAAGUACGUUCGCAUCGAAGAUGCUUCCAAAGCUAUGUGGUCCGCCCUCCACAACAGAAGUUAUCGCUGCAUUCACCAGUAG